GUAGAAGCAUCAUCCACUUCUCAUAAUCCUCCGCACUCGAGCCACUGCCGCCUCCCACCAUCCAGUCGUCCCCCUCUCAACCGCCCAACAUGGCCGCGAUUCCCACAUCCCUCUUUCGCUGGGUCGUCCCCGCCGCCAUUGGCGUCAGCGUGGUACAAUCCUCCAUCUACGAUGUCAAGGGCGGUACCCGCGCAAUUAUCUUCGAUCGUCUGUCCGGAGUCAAGGAGACUGUCGUCAACGAGGGCACACAUUUUCUGAUUCCAUGGCUGCAGAGGGCCGUCGUGUUUGAUGUCCGGACUAAGCCGAGGAACAUUAGCACCACGACGGGAAGUAAGGACUUGCAGAUGGUUACUUUGACACUGAGGGUGUUGCACCGACCGGAGGUUAAGCAACUGCCUAAAAUCUACCAGAACCUCGGUCUUGACUACGACGAGAGGGUCCUUCCCUCGAUUGGAAACGAAGUCCUCAAAGCCAUUGUCGCCCAGUUCGACGCCGCAGAACUCAUUACUCAGCGAGAGGCUGUGUCAAACCGCAUUCGCGCCGAUCUACUGAAGCGCGCCAACGAGUUCAACAUUGCGCUUGAAGACGUCUCCAUCACACACAUGACGUUUGGCAAGGAAUUCACCAAGGCGGUUGAAGAGAAGCAAAUCGCACAGCAGGAAGCAGAGCGCGCGCGAUUCAUUGUAGAAAAGGCAGAGCAGGAAAGGCAGGCCAAUGUUAUUCGCGCAGAGGGUGAAGCCGAGGCAGCGGAUACGAUUAGCAAGGCUGUGGCAAAGAGUGGUGAUGGCCUUGUUCUGAUUAGGCGGCUGGAAUCCCAGAAGGACAUUGCGCAGAUACUGGCAAGGAACCCGAACAUCAGCUACCUGCCUGGCGGGGCUGCUGGCAACGGCGGUGGGUCAAGUGGCGGCAGCUUCCUGCUGGGCCUGAGGUCGUAGAUGGAACGAAUGCAGAUGAAUGACGACGGGGGUGUGUGGAAAAUGCCUAGCCGGCGUAACACCGGCGUAUGGCUGCUGUACAAUAUACUAACCACGGGCAUGAUAACACUUCUCUACCAAAUGUGAAUAUAGUCUCCUCUGUGUUUCGCCUCUAUUUUUGUUUCCUUACAGCCUGGUAACAGAAAGACAAAUCUUAUCGCCAGAGGCGCAUGUCAGGUUGUGGCCUGCCAAAAUUGUCAUUUUCCAAAUCAAACGCUAUCACUCUUCUUUUUGAUCGACAUGAUGGGUGAUGGGCGAGAGACAGGUCAAAAGUCUAAAAACGUCACGAAGGUUUUGCAACAAGUUUGACGCAGUC